AUGACAGAAAAACCAAUACUAAAUAACGGGGUUUCAGUUGCUAACCUUGACAUCCAAAAGCAACUAACUAAAAUUAGCGGAAUCCUGACCUCCCCCAUCCAAUUAAGAGGCGAAAAUACCCAAGAACCUUAUUAUUAUUCAUUUAUUAGAUUAAAAGGACAAAAGGUUGAUUUACCGGUAAUCUUUAAGUCAAAAAGCCCUGAUAACCAGUUAAUAGAGCCCAAAUUUAAAAAAGGUGAUGCAGUAGAAUUAUCCGGUCAUUAUUCUAAUUCUCCCCACAGUAUCAGGAAAUCUUUUACUGGUUUGGAUUAUAAGAAAUUUAUCAGUAGUAUCCAUGAAUUUAAGGUAAUCAAUAAAGAAUGCUUUGGUUGCGGUGAUAAAUUUAUCUGUUCUUCUCAAGAAAACUUUGAUUAUUGUUCUUCUUGUGAACUAAAUGGUAGCCGUCAUAUCCCGGGCAGAUUCACCAAAAAUAAAUGUUCCGAAUGCGGUGAUGGUAGUGGAACUAUUAAAUUCCCAGGUCAACCUCCAAGAAAUUGCAGAACUUGCCAGUUAGCCAAAAUAUCCAUUUUAGAGCAAGCCAAAAGUCAACUUCCUCUUUUAGAAAAAGAAGCUGAGAAAAUAACCCAAACACGGCAAAGAUUAGAAAAUCAUGAAUAA